CAACACUCCCGCCCAACCCACCUCGAGGUAUGUGUUACAUGUCGAAAGUCCCUUUCUACCAGCCUCACAGCUAGUCUGGGAGAGCAAUCACCGGGUUGCCUUUUGGCUCUCCGGCAGCAGAAAUGCUCAAUGACGGACUAGAGCCAGGGGGAAGCCAUCCGGUGAUACGCAUCUCUCAUCACGGCACGGGCUGAAGAACCCUGGCGAGGAGGAAAGAGAGAGUAGAACUGAAAUAUUGUCUUCUCUCUUUUCCUCUCUCUUCCACUGAAGGGGCACUCUUUGCGCUCGAAGACUACUGGUGGCUGACUUGUGUGGUCCCGAUGUCUCUCUCCUUUAUCGACUGGGGGGGGGAAAGAAAUGCUGGUAAAAGGUUUUUUCUUUCUUUUCUCCUGGUUGGUAAAGGGAGGGGGAGUUCAUUAGGACUUUUCCCUUUUCUAGAUACCUCAUUUCCCCUUCGUAUUUUCGAUUUGAGAAUCUCGAUUCCUUUCACCCGCCACAAUGGUCCGCACUUCCGUCCUCAACGAUACGCUUAACGCUAUCAACAAUGCCGAGAAGGCUGGUAAGCGCCAGGUUCUGGUCCGCCCCAGCUCCAAGGUUAUUGUGAAGUUCCUCUCGGUCAUGCAGAAGCACGGCUACAUCGGCGAGUUCGAGGAGGUUGACGACCACCGCUCCGGCAAGAUCGUCAUCCAGCUCAACGGCCGUCUCAACAAGUGUGGUGUCAUCAACCCCCGCUACCCCGUGCAGCUCCGUGACCUCGAGACCUGGGCCGUCCAGCUGCUCCCCUCGCGUCAGUUCGGCUUCGUCGUCCUGACCACCUCCGCUGGUAUCAUGGACCACGAGGAGGCUCGCCGCAAGCACGUUGCCGGCAAGCUCCUCGGCUUCUUCUACUAGAUGGGUUCGCCUGUCUGGUAACAAAAAAAUCUGAAAAGUUUUGAAAUGGUCGGGUGAGAGAGAGGUACUCAAUAUCUGUCUACCGGGUUGGGAUUAUACCUGUACACAAACUUGAUAGAUAGCUGAGUGAACUUUUUCCGG